AUGUCUGAAUUUCUCGGGUCUCGCAUCUCCCUCAUCUCAAAGAGCGAUAUUCGCUAUGUUGGCACCCUCCACGAGAUCAACUCGGACGAAUCCACAGUAUCUCUCGAGAAUGUGAGAUCAUUCGGAACGGAAGGCCGUAAAGGUCGACCGGAGGAGGAGAUUGCUCCCUCGGACCAAGUUUACGAGUACAUUGUCUUCCGUGGAAGCGAUGUCAAGGACUUGAGAAUCGAGGAGCACCCCAGCAUCAAGGAGAACAAGCCUCCAGCUGUCCCUGAUGACCCUGCUAUCGUCGGAGCUCGAGCUCGCCCUGGUGCUCAGGGCCCGAACCAGAACGCUCCUCCUGCCGGCGCCUUCGGCCAAGGCCCUUACCCACCCAACAACUUCUAUGGUGGUCCACCACCUGGCAACUGGGGCCGUGGCGGUGCCCCAGGACCUGGACCUGGACCCGGACCUGGCCCCAACUUCGGCAACAUGCCGUACCCUCCCCCUCCUGGCUGGUUCCCUCCCGGUCAAGGCUUCCCACCUGGUGGUCCCAACGGUCCUGGAGGCCCUGGACCUUGGAACAACUAUCCUUUCCCUCCUGGCCCCGGUGGUCCCGGUGUCCCUGGCGCCCCGGAGGGCCCUCAGAACCAACGUGCUACCCCCAGCUCUGGCCCUUCACAGGACUCGAAGCCGGCUCCUAUCGGUCCUGGUGCCGACAGGGCCAAGGCGGCCACGCCAAGUGGACAAGCUGCGCCCCCUACUGAGCCGAAGUCUCUGGCUCAAGGUGUUCGUCAACCUGCCCAUGCCCCUACCCCUCCCGUCGACUCGAAGCCCUCGGUUGAGGAGGUCAAGCAGGCGGCUGCCGGUCUCACCGCCAAUGGACAAACCACCAAGCCCGAGGAUGCUAAGCCUGCUGCUCCCACUGGACCCAAGAACCACCGGAUCACUCCCGUUAUUCCCUUGACUGGAUCUGCUGCCAAGCCCUUCUCGCUUCCUGGUGUCGGAGGAGACGCUGCUAACAAGGCUCCCGUGACUGCCGCGCCUGGUAAUGUACAGGACGCAACCAAUGCCGCCCGAGCUGCGGUGGCAGUUGCCAUGGCUCAGCUGGGCAACAGUGGUGGAAAUGCUAUGGACAACCUGACCAAGAAGGUCAAUGAGAUGAGAGUUAACGCUGUUGUUUCGCGAGGUGGACCCGCUGGUCGGGGGCGUGGUCGUGGUGGACGACCUGCCGCUGCCAAGGUCGAGGUGCCUGAUUCUGACUUUGACUUUGCUCAGUCCAAUGCCAAGUUCAACAAGCAGGACGUUGUCAAGGAGGCUAUUGCUGGCUCUCCUUUGACAGAGACGCCCGAAGUCACCACCGAGGGCCCCGAGCCCACGACGACCGACGAUGUUCCUGUUGCCUACAACAAGUCGAGGUCUUUCUUCGACAACAUCUCCAGCGAGUCCAGAGAGCGAGCCGAGAAUGGCGGCCAGAAGCCUGGUGGUCGCGAAUGGCGGGGUGAGGAGCAGCGAAAGAACAUGGAGACCUUUGGCCAAGGUAGUGUUGACGGUGGUUACCGCAACUACCGGGGCCGAGGCCGUGGACGUGGCCGGGGUGGUCGCGGUUAUGGACGAGGUGGUCGAGGAGGAAACCGCCCUCAGUAUCAUACCACGCCUGCCGCCCAAUAA